CCAUGAAGGGGACGCUGCCGCUUUAUUGCUAUCGCGCUGUUUAUUAAACCGUUUUAACACCUGACCCGGUUUACAGCAGGAAAAGCUUCACACAAAGAUGUUCGGCGGACGCACUGGCUGCCAUUUUUAAUCUACCUGCAGGAAUCAUUUUAAAGGGAAACGAUUACCUGCAUGAGUGUUAAUAUUUUUAAACAAUUCACGACUGCAGUUUGAGCGGCUGUUGAGACUGCGCAUGCUUCAUGGGAUCACAUUAAACUCAAGUCCUUAAAGAUGGCCAAAAUUGAGCGCCUUAAUGUUCGAGUGGAAAAGCUCCUGUCUAAAGUAGUACAGGAGGUUCUGGAUGUGGUGAAAGAAACUGUGUGCGAGUAUCAGGAGAAAACUGCCAGAACCCAGAGAGAGAAUCAGAGUCUGAAGAGGAGACUGCAGGAGCUGCAAGACAGAAUUUACCUGGAGAGCAAUGGAUUGGUGCCAGAAAUGUUUGCAUCCAUCCCAGCAGACAUGAAAAAGAAAGAAGAGGUGGUCAUCCCUGUUGAUAAAGACACUGAGUCAUUAGGUGCUUCCUGCCUUUCCCCUGACCGUGCAACAGAAAGCCUGGGAAAUCUGAAAACAAAGACACAUGAUGGACAGUCAGCCUCACUAUUAAACCACGAAAAACCCUUCAUUGCACCUCUGCAUUCUGAAAAUGACCAGAAAACGAAAGUAGAGCCUGCGUCAGACAACGAUGGCUUGCGUAUUGUGAAUUAUUUUUAUAGCAAUCCAUCAACAAGCACUGCAGGACUCGGAGGUGAGUCUGCAGUUUUCUACAUUGAUUCAGAACGCGGCGUACAGGAGCCAGCAAGACACAUCAGUGCAAACGAUGCUGGAGAAGAAAACCAAACCAAUACAGAAGUGAGCUGCUCGUCCUCAGCAGAGAAACUGCAGAGAAACGUCCGAAAACACUACAGCUGCUCCCUCUGCGGUCGCACCUUCAGGCAUGCAGGUGACUAUAAGAAACACAACCGGGUGCACACAGGGGAGAGGCCGUACUGUUGCUCGGUGUGCGGCAAGCGCUUCAGCCAGUCGGGGUACCUCACAGUACACCUGCGCUACCACACAGGAGAGAAGCCGUUUGCCUGCAGCCAGUGCGGGAAAAGCUUCAGUCACUCAAGUAACUUAAAGAAGCACCAGCAGACUCAUCUGUGAAGGCUGGUGGGUUUUUGGAGGUCAGCUAAAAACAUAGAAAGAGGUUAUUGUGCCUUCUUUACAGAAUAGACAGCCUCUUAGGGAGCACUUGUGUUUUACUGAGCUGCUGUUGUUGGUCAGAUUUUGUUUGUUCCAUUACUAGAUUUUGAAGCGUGGAGUCUGUAGUGUGUUUCUGUAUUGUGAUC